AUGGCGGAGCAAGUUCAGGCAGCCCUUGACCAAAUGGUCGAGCCUCUGUUGGACCUGCAGAAUCGAGGUGUCUUUUCCCGGGACGAAAUUCGCUCCAUCGUGGAUCGUCGUCGACAAUCGGAAUACGCUCUACGCCGCCGAGGAAAACUCCGCAAGGCCGAUUUUAUCGGGUACAUACAAGCCGAAACUCAACUGGAAGCCUUGCGGGCUUUGCGUGUGCAAAGAAUUACUCGAGAAGAGCGUCGAGCGAAUCGAGGCAAAACGUCGCAGGAUGAUGCUAAGGACAGCAAUACUUCCGGCACGAGCAAAAUUGGUGACCGCCACAUCGUUCAGCUUAUUCAUCUGCUAUGGACACGUACGCUACGAAAAUUCCGCGACGUGAGCUUCUUUCUGGAGUACGCCGAAUUUUGUCGAUCCCAAAAAUCGUUUGCCAAACUUGCGACUGUAUACGCCCAGGCCUUGGCUUUGCAUCCGAAACAAACGGGACUUUGGAUAGCUGCUGCCUCGCACGAAUUUUUUCAAUCAAGUACGCCGCAUACGGCUCGAAUUCUGUUGCAGCGUGGAAUUCGGGUUAACCCCACAUCGCCCGAUUUGUGGUUACAGAGCCUGGUUAUGGAGCUACAUUUGGUACAAAAAUUACGGGGUCGUCGCGAUAUUCUGCGGGGUGCUGGUCGUGGUGGUGAAGAAGAAGAAGAUAAAGAAUUCUCAGAGCACAAGAUUGCUCGUUUGCUAUACGAUAAUGCGAUUCAAGCCAUUCCCGAUCGUGUCGAGUUUCGUUUACAGUGUUUGGAUCAAUGUCGCUUGUUUCCGAAUACAGAAGAUUUGCAAGCUUACAUUCAUAUUUCAAUGGAACGAGAUUGUUCGUCUCGCCCCGAAGCGUGGAUCGCUCGGGCCAUGCACGAAUGGGAACGCCAUCGAAAGCUAGGAGAGAAUGAGAAGAGUAGUAUUGGUUUUUUACAGUCAAACGGACUUGGCGAUGAUUUGAACCAACGUCAAGAGGACAACCCGCAGCGAAAAAAGGCUCGAACGCUUCUCCAUCAUGAGCAGGAAGCUAGAGACGAUGUACUGAAGGUGAUCAAACAGGCUGUGGAUACCCUUUCGUCUCAUGAAAUGUAUCUGCAAGGAAUUCGCUUCCUUCUCUCAUACAUGCAGGAAUUAGCUGAAGAAUUAGAAGAGAGCGACGAUAGCAAAGAAAAGCUAGAACGAAGUCAAAGGUUUCUUUUUCAGCUCUUCGAUCAGGCAAAGACCCUUCAUUUCGAAACCUCGGACUUAAUUCUCGAGCAGGUAGCGUUUUUGGCUCUUGUUGAGUCGGAUCAAGAAGCUAGCCAAUGCAUUCAAAACUUUGUAGAGAACCAUCCUACCAAGGCUUCGAUUGAUGUCUGGCGCCGCUAUGCUGCAAUGUCACCCGAUCAAGCCGUUGAUAUUCUUGAAGAAGCUGCAAAGUAUAUAUCUGUCGAGCAAGAAGCGCACAUGGUUGUUCUGUUGGAGCUCUUUGGUGCCAAACUAGCCAUUCCAGACGAGAAGAGCUUGCCGGUCCUCUUUCAAACGAUACUUUUGCUAGCUCCUGGUUUUGGGGAGAUGAAGGAUGUAGAGGACCCAGUGUAUGGAAUAAAGAAUAUUUCAUGUGCCUGCUUGCAAUAUUUGCGAUACGCCUCUAAGCAUCAUGGGCUAAACGAAAUGCGGAGAAUUUAUCAGGCUGUCUUGUUCGAGUCCUCUUUGGGAACCUUGGAAGGUGGUGAUCCAUCCUUGAUAAACAUUUUCUUGGAAGAGGCAAUGAAGGCUGAAGAAGAAUUCGGCAGUAGUAAGGAGACUCGAUGUCAGCUUAGGCGCCUGUGUGACAUCGCGUUGCAGUUGUUUGAAAACACCGACGAGGAGGAGAAAUAUAGACGGCGAAAGGAAAACAUUCUAUACGGAAGGCUUCGAACACCCUCUGAUCUCUCUAUACAUGGAUUGCCCUGUUCGGUCGGGACGAAUAUGGUCCAAAUAUUCGAUGUUGAUGCACCAGACUUUUCAGCGGAAGCUUUCGAAGUCGCCUAUAACGCAAGUGACAAAGAGUCUUGGUGUCUCGAAACAAAUGAGGGUGAGCCCUGUUCUCCGGAAUCUUUCCUGCAGUCCAAGCUUGACACGUCUAGGGCAUACUGCAGCUUUUUGAUACAACAAGACGAGGAUGCUUAUAAAUCAGCAAUGGAUUUGCUUCCAAUUUCUGAACUUAGUUGGACAAAUUGGUCGUAUGAGCCCGCCCUUUGGAUGUUUUUCGGCAGAAACCGGAAGGGCAAUGAUCCUUUGGAAGGACGUCCAGAACAUACGGAUGCCAUUUUACACGACGGAACUUGGCACUAUCAGUUGUCCGGUGGAAAGGAAUGGUACCUACGACCAACAAAGGAGCUCUUGAAACAUAUGGAUGGCCAUUUAACGAAAGCAGAGCGAAGGCUUUGGAGCGAAUCGAGUCGCGUUUGUGUCGCGUGUGAAGAGGGAAGCAUCCUCGUGAUCAAAACAGUAAUUCCAUCUCAAAAGCAACCAUCCGUAUCUUACGCCAGAGAUUUUCGCUUCGAUUUGAAUGCUGCAUGCAUCCGAGAUAGUAAGGGAAUGACAAAUGUAGACGGCCUCUACGCGACGAGUGAUAUCGAAGAAGGAACAAUCAUUUUUACAGAGAAUGAUAUGCCUGAAUGCGAGCUUCACCGGUCGUCCACGGAUCCAAACUGUGAAGUCGUAGCGUUGGAUGACGGGUCCAGUGCAGUUGUGUCGAUGAAAGCUAUAACUGCUGGAGAAUUCUUCAGUGUGCUCGACUCUGAGAGUGAAGAGGAAGGUGAGGUUGAUCCUCCUGGAUCAACUUAAAAGUAAUCGGAAUGCUUUCUAAAAGCAUCUCGAAAAGUAGCAUAUCUGUGUCAUCAUUGACAGUGGAUAUGGACGUCGCUAAGAAUCAACGAAUCCUUCUCGGAGAAUAAAUUGCCAGGCUUCCUACCUUUCACUUGAACAUGCUCCCAUCGACCCCUAGAUCCUAGGCCAUCCAUUGUCACUACAUGCUCAAUCGUGCCAUUACCGUCAAAAACAGACUGAACAACGUUGAUCUUACCAUUGCCCUUGAUUUGGAAGAUAGGAUCUUUGCGGGGCUCUCCAGAAGCUAUUUUGGGCCGACGAAAUGUAACUCCUUCACACCAUCCACCGUUGCCCCUCCAUACUAUAGUUCCAGAUAUUUCAACAACUACGUUUGCUGGGUUGUAUUCAUCUCCCACGAUGCGGAUCGGGACAUUGACUGUCACUGUUCCUUUAAUCCAGUAGUGCCCGUCACCGAGCUCUGUAACAUAUAUAUAUAUAUAUUAGAAUCUGUACUUUUCCGGCCAAAAAAA